GCGUGCGUGCGUGGUUGGCCUAGACUACUUGGCGUGGCAAAGAUAGGAUGUUACGCAGUUCUUAUUUACAACCCAGUGUGCUUCGCCCUGACCCGUGUAAUGUUUUCAUCUCGGUCAGACAGACAGAAUACCGUCUAACAGUGAAUGCGGGAUGAAGAGCGACCCCAGCACUGCAAAGGAAACGCAUAAUUUCAUUGAUCGAACGACUUCUGGAUACAUCGGAAUUCCAUCUGAUCCACAUCAUCAGCAUUCGUUUGCACCUGGAUACCAUGGUAACAAGUAAACAUCAGGACGCUAUGACGACACGGGGCGCAGCUCCACGGGUCGCGUUCGGCAGCUGCCAGAAACGCCUGAUGUUUCCAAUGCACUUUGCGCCUGAUCGCAUGGGCAAUGAAAUGCUCGCGCUCCACGGCUCCACAGAACUAGGACCCGGAUGUUACGACAACCACACGGUGGGCACUCUUACAUAUGAGCUCCAACACAGACCUGAGAGCAAGAGGGGAUAUGUGUUUGCAGCGCGCACUGCACCACGCUUUUUGCCUCCAGUUAAAACGGCCACCCCUUCGCCAGAGAAAUACCAGCAAGACUGGACUCGGUCUAAAGUGUGUCCUCCUGGAAAAGCUCCCUUCAAUAGUACCACUGCAAAAUUCAAACAUCCAAACACAGACUCCAGCCCUGGUCCAGGGGCAUAUGUUCAUGGCAGCAUCCAAAGCAAAAAGGUGUCAUGGCCUAUGAAAUUCACUCCAGACUGGACAAAAGUGCCAUCGCUGGAGAGAAGAGCACUGCGUACAGAGCUCUACCAUGACAAAGAGUUUAGGAAACAGAGGAACAGGGUGGCUUAUCUAAGCUUGUUUUACUGAUCACUCGAACUACCACAAGAAUUCAGCGUGACUAUCAAAUGCAUAAAAACAUUAAAGAUUUAUACUUCCUAUUUCA